GUCCUCCUCAAGUUGCCCCUCUGUCUCGCCCUACGUGGUCUCGAAUCGUCUUUUCUCCGGCAACAACGAGCAUAUCACCCUCAUCCGUAGCCUAGCCCAACCUUGCACAGCAUCACGCCGAUCAUGUCUGCCUCCUCUUCCUCGAAGGCCAACAGCGGUAAGACCGCCCCCUCGACCCACCUGAUCGCGGGAGGUAUCGCUGGUUUUGCUGAAGCCUGCACUUGUCAUCCUCUGGACACAAUCAAGGUGCGCAUGCAGCUUUCACGUCGAGGCAAAUCUACUGGAACAAAAGCCCGAGGCUUCUUUGCGACUGGAGCAUACAUCAUCCGCCGCGAGACGCCUCUGGGCCUCUACAAAGGUCUCGGAGCUGUCACAGCAGGUAUCGUUCCGAAGAUGGCUAUCCGAUUCAUGUCCUUCGAGCAAUACAAGGGUCUCUUGGCAGACAAGACAACGGGCAAGACCUCAUCAAAAGGUAUCUUCUUGGCAGGUCUUGGAGCAGGUACUACAGAAGCCGUCGCAGUUGUGAAUCCCAUGGAAGUUGUAAAGAUCCGACUGCAAGCGCAACAACACUCCCUUGCCGAUCCUCUGGAGGUGCCAAGGUACCGCAAUGCUGCACACUGUCUCUACACUAUCAUUCGUGAGGAGGGUUUCCUCACCCUUUACCGAGGUGUGGCAUUGACAGCUGCCAGGCAAGCUACUAACCAGGCCGCUAACUUCACCGCCUACCAAGAGCUUAAGGCUCUGGCCACAAAGUAUCACGGAACAGCGGAGCUGCCCUCCCAUGAGACUGCCGUGAUUGGUCUCAUCUCCGGAGCUCUCGGACCCUUCUCAAAUGCCCCCAUUGAUACUAUCAAGACCCGUAUCCAGCGUGCGUCGCGAGUGGAAGGCGAGACUGCCCUUUCGAGAGUCGUCAAGGUGGCCAGGGACAUGUUUGCCCAGGAAGGCGCAAGUGCUUUCUGGAAGGGUAUCACGCCGAGAGUAGCUCGUGUGGCCCCUGGUCAGGCCGUGGUCUUCACCAUCUAUGAGAACGUCAAGGGCAAGAUUGAGGCCGCCAAGGCUGGCGAAUUCAAUCUGCUCGACACGAGGAGCGACGAGUAAAGAGGUCGAAGUGGAGGUCCGGCAGCGCUCUGUGUGAGACGUAGUACAUCCUUGUAUUAAGGCGGACAGUCCUAUGUGUGUUGCGAGGGCUCCAUCGCUGUAUCUCUUGUCGGCCCUAUCAUGUCACUUCACUUUUCGGAAACCGUCAUCGGCCAUGCCGAAAUCAGAUUAGAUUGAUCAUAUCGC